CAAACAUUGCUUAGAGAUUAAUCCACGCAUUAUAUGAUCAACUGUUAGACAUAAGCAUUUAUCUCUGGAUGCCAGUGUUUCUUUUCACUCUGCAAAGAAGACAUUGGAGUGGCAACAAUACCUGCACUACUGUUGAUUGUGAUAUUUGGUUUAUGAAAAUUAGCCUGGGACAGCUCUUCACUUUUCAAGCUGAAAGGUAAGUUGAUACAGCAAUAUAGAUGUGAGCAUGAUUGGGGAUGUGUUAAUUUGACAAUGUUAUUUACUGGGGUUUUUUUUGGUGUUUGAAUACAUUUGGAUUGUUUAUAAAGGGUUAUUCUGUCCUUAAAAAAAGUAAAGCAAUUCUCAUGGGAAACAAGAGAAUAUUAAUGCUGAUUCCUCCACUUUAAGAACCUUGCGGUAGUGCUCUUAAUACGCAUUCCAUUUGUUUUUGGAUAUAUAGAAUGUACAAAACUUUGUCAGUAUCCUGAAUGUUGCAUGUAUAUUAAAUGUAUGAUCAUGUCUGGGUAGAAAAGACUGCAACAUGCCUUUUAAAAAGGUUAAAAAAAUCUAAAUAGGGGGGGCGGAGCUAGCGGCGCAACGGAGAGGGCGCCAUUUCCAGCAGCUCUAAUAUCGAAGAGCAGAAAAACGACCAAAAAACGCAAAAAUAAUUUUCACCCGGAAAAUCGAGCGGCGGGAACAUAUUCCCGACAACAUUCCGAUUCCACAGAUGCCAUUUAUGCAAAAAUCGGGCACAAAACGCCGCGCUAAAGGUACUGGGGCCUACCACACACACGAGCAGACCCUGAACAGGGAAUUAACAUCGUGGCUCGGGACGAGCUUAUACUCUGCCGACGCAGACUUUUACCCUCAGGAAGAAAUGGGACGGAGGUCCCAAAAAGCAGCCCAGAACAACGUCUUACCGCACAGGGACAUAAGCAGCAUGCUGCAGACUCCCAAGCAACAGCGGACUCGAACUGCCACGGCAGCCUCACCUGAACGAUCAGAGAAUGGUGACUCUACAUACAGCACAGACCAGGCCGCCACAGUUAACGCAACCAUGCAACUCGCCGAAGAGUUAACCCCGGCCACAAAACAUUCAGAUCAUGCUGACUGGCCUCCAAAGAAAUCUCCAACUUAUGUGGCAGGCUGACCUAAAAGGACUCGCAACAGAAGUACAAGCGGUGUCGGCCCGCACACAGGCUGCAGAACAAGAGGUAAGAGAUCUGCGCCAGGACCUCACCUCCCUAAAAGACACUGUCACUCAGCUGCAAAAGGCACAAGCCAAUGUCAACAGACAAAUAAAUGUACUAGAGGACAGGGGCAAAAGAAAGAACAUCAAAAUACGAGGUGUACCUGAAGAGGUACCGCUGGAAGAAUUGCCCCACUACAUAAGGCGCUUGGUGGCCUCUCUCCUUCCAAAUAAACAUGCAAAACAUCUUACAUUCGAUGGCGUAUACCGCAUCGCUAAACCUCGACUAGCACCACAAGCAGCCCCUAGAGACGUAAUCCUGAGAUGCCAAUCCCUCACGGAUAAAAUCGCUCUGAUGACGGCAGUCAAAGGGAAAUCGCCACAUGACUUUGAAACUCACCAACUAACAUUCUUCCAGGACUUAAGCAGAGAAACCUUAUUGUGGCGAAAGAGCCUGCAGCCAGUUACGUCGACCCUGCAAACAGCAGGCAUUGCAUACCGAUGGGCGACUCCAAGAACACUAUGGGUGACCAAAGGUGACAACCACUACAAGAUCUCCUCCCUGGGAGAAGCUCCAGCUCUGAUGGCUACACUGGGAAUACCCAGGGACUCUACGGACAUUCCUGCGGAACACCCUGAGACUGUACCUUGAAACCGGUGGCGUUUAUACGCCCUGAUUUGAGUUAACAUGUCUUUAGUUUAGAUCGCAUUCUUGUUGUUAUACCUGUUAAUACAAACAGCAUAGACCUAACCUUGAUGGUCCACUAAGGCCAAUACGCCCUAAAAACAUGGUGAAUGCCCGCACAGAGGUUAUAGACCUCUCCCCCCCCCCCAAUGCCCUGGGGUUAAAGGGCAUAGAAACCCACGGAGCAUCUAUCCUAGUUACAAGAUCAGCUCCAAGGCAUAUUGAAAACCCCUUCUCAGCAGACAAACCAAAUUAAGACCAGGAGUUAUAUAAAUAACUAAGCUCAAUAUGACUCGAUUACACAACGACGAACCAUGGAUACCCGGGCCCUAUUUUAACGCCAACCUAACACACUUAAUAGCCACGCAAGGGACCGGGAACCCAUAAGCUAAUCUUAAGUGCCAGUGUUAAAUUAUAACCAACCGCCCCUAUCAGCGGCACAGACAAAUAUAUGCGCUAUGACCAACCAGCCCAAAUAUCCCAAAAAGUGCAGAACACACUUUAGCCCAACUCACACGUUAAAGCGGCAUACUUGUAUAUAUAUAUAUAUACACACACGUUUAUAUUGCAUUAUACAAUAGAACAAGUUAAAUGGUUUGAAUAUAAAUAUCUGUGCAAUUCGAGUUAAAGCCAUCAAUACUGUGAAGAUGUACAAAAAUGAUAUUAUUAUGCCUGCAUAAGCUGUUGGGGCUAUGGAGGCUGUAUUGUCGGAUACUGCACAAUGAAAAAUAAAGAAUUAUAAAAAAAAAAAAAAAAAAAAAAAUCUAAAUAGUGCUAAGCCAAUGCUUAGCAGGAAGCGUCUCAAAUAUCUACUGUCUUACAGCCAGUCACAGGGUCCGUUUUUAUCUGUGAGGCUCUAGUUCAGUAAUGGCGAACCGGUGGCACGCCGGGCCCUCUCUGUUAGCACGCGCCAUAGGUCGCCGAGAGAGGGGGCCGCUGGCUGUCUGCAGAGUAGGCACCUGCCUGCCCGAAACGGCAGGUGCCUACUCUGCUUCCGUGUCGGGAGGGCUCUAGGAAGCAGCUCUCCUGUCCUCCCGCGCGAUGCUGUGUGGAGCAUUGCCGCACAUUACCAUGGCAAUGCUCCACACAGCAUCGCGCGGAAGGACACGAGAGUUGCUUCCUAGCUGCCAGAAACAUACUUACCACCGGACCACCAAUGAUGACUGUCGAGCCCUCCCCCUCCUUCACCAAAGGUAAGAGGAAGGGAGGGGAUACAGAAUUAAUAUAUCUUUUUUUUUUUAAUGUUAUUUUUACCCCUACCCCCCACAACACAGCACCCCUACCACCCACAGCACAGCACCCCUCCCCCCAACACAGCACAGCACCCCUACCCCCACACAGCACCCCUACCCCCACACAGCACCCCUAUCCCCAACACAGCACAGCACCCCUAUCCCCACAGAACCCCUACCACCUAUAGCACAGCACCCCUACCACCCAUAGCACAGCACCCCUAGCCCACAGCACAGCACAGAACCCCUACCCCCACAGCACAGCACAGCACAGAAUCCCUACCCCCACAGCACAGCACCCCUACCCCCACACGGCACCCCUACCCCCACACACGGCAACCCUAUCCCCACAGAAUAGCACCCCUAACCCCACACAGCACAGCACCCCUACCCGCCCACACACAGCAAUCCUACCCGCCCACACACACAGCACCCCUACCCCGCCACACACAGCACCCCUACCCCGCACACAGCACCCCUCAGACACAUACACAGCACUCCACACCCUUACACACAAACACAUACACUGCACCCCUCAAUGCAGUGUGUGUGUGUAUUCAGAAGUCUGUCUAUGUGUGUAUUCAGCAGUCUGUGUGUGUGUGUAUGUAUUCAGCAGAUUGUGUGUACUCAGCAGUGUGUCUAUUCAGCAGUCUGUGUGUACUCAGCAGUUUGUGUGUGUAUUCAGCAGUUUGUGUGUGUGUACUCAGCAGUCUCUGUGUGUGUGUGUGUAUGUAUUCAGCAGUCUGUGUGUAUGUAUUCAGCAGACUGUAUUUAUGUACUCAGCAGUCUGUGUGUGUACUCAGCAGUGUAUGUAUUCAGCAGACUGUGUGUGUGUACUCAGCAGUGUAUGUAUUCAGCAGACUGUGUGUGUGUACUCAGCAGUGUAUGUAUUCAGCAGACUGUGUGUGUGUACUCAGCAGUGUAUGUAUUCAGCAGACUGUGUGUAUGUACUCAGCAGUCUGUGUGUACUCAGCAGUCUGUCUGUAUGUGUAUUCAGCGGACUGUGUGUGUAUUUAGCAGACUGUGUGUGUGUGUGUGUAUUUAGCGGACCAUGUGUGUGUAUUUAGCGGACUGUGUGUUCAUGUAUUUAGCAGACCGUGUGUGUGUGUAUUUAGCGGACUGUGUGUUUAUGUAUUUAGCGGAUGGUGUGUUUAUGUAUUUAGCAGCCGGUGUGUGAAUGUGUUCAGUAGUCUGUGUGUAUGUAUUGCAUUUGUUGGAGAUACUAAUAAAUAUAAGCUGAAUUUUAUCUAUUUAUAUCAUUAUUUAAAAUUUGUAUCAUUUAACUCUCUGUUGUGUUCUUCUUUUAAAACAAAAGUUGUUAAUUAGUUCGGACAACUGUACAAGUUGUUUUUUUUAAACUUAAACCUCAGUAUUCAGGUUUAAUUGCCGUGAUGCCACUUUGAGGAAACAAAAGUUGGCAUGUAUUGGGCACUCGGGCUCAAAAAGGUUCGCCAUCACUGCUCUAGUUAGACCUAACCUGGGUCUUUUCAAAACCUGGGGGUCUCCCUCUAACUGGGGGAACACUGGUUUCCUGUACAACUUAUUACUAAUGGUACGAGACAGGGCCGCAUCCUGUCAACUUUAAUUUUUAUUUUGGCCUUAGAACCUUUGGUCCAAUGCAUUAAAAAGGAGCUAGGAAUAAAAGGUAUCUCAACACCUAUAGGGGAUCAAAAAGUUGCAUUAUUUGCAAACAAUGUCCUUCUCCUACUGAGCAAACCAUCUCAAUCACUGCCGAAAUUGAUGCAAACACUUCACCUACAUGGGACGGUUUCAUACUACAAAAAAAUAUGUUUCUAAAACUCAAGCAUUAUAAAUAGGAAUCCCACACACGGAGCUACAAACAAUUAAACAGUUAUUUCAAUUUGAUUGGAGAGAAACAUCUUUUUCAUAUUUAGGCAUUGAACUACCAAAAUCCACACAUGCCCUAGUGAAGGAAAAUCAUGUUAAACAUUUAUAUAAAAUUGGGACUACAUUGUAGCAGUGGUCUGCACUGGAGAUGUCAAUUCCAAUAAGAUGCUGAUUGUACCUGUUGUUCUGUACUUAGUUUGCACUAUGCCCAUAAUAAUUUGCAAAGCCCCUAUUACCUCAAUUCCAGAAACUUUUCAACACUCGCAUAUGGAAAUGCAUACCCCUAGGGCAAGGAUAGGCAACCUUCGGCACUCCGGAUGUUGUGGACUACAUCCCCUAUAAUGCUCUUACACCCAUAGUGCUGGCAAAGCAUCAUGGGAGGUGUAGUCCAAAACAUCUGGAGUGCUGAAGGUUGCCUAUGCCUGCCCUACUGUGUCGAGAACAUCAAUGGGACUGCUAGUGAGAGAGGGUGGUUUAGGUGUACCAGAUUUACUAAGAUAUUACCAUGCUACAAUAUUGACACAGAGACUCACAAUCCUAGACACAGUGGGGGAAAAAUGCAGUGCUUCAUUGAGUUUGAGUGUGAAGUGAGGCCUGAAGAACAGAGAAGGAGAUUGAACAGUUAUAUGUAAGUAUUUACAGCUAGGAGGAGGGGCGGGGGGGGUAGAGUAGCCAUAUGUUAUAUACUAUUGAAACGUUUAGCAAUCACAUUCUGUCACCCAAAAUAUUAAUAACUGUGUACAUGAAAUAUUGAUCAGAAACAUUAAAUGACAGUAGUACAAAAUGCACACAGAAAAUUACAGUGGCAAAAUUCAGGUAUAAAUGGUAACAAAUCUAUAGUAACACAUGAUAAUAUGGUAGCAAUCAAAGAAUAAAUGAGGUGGGGUAUUUCCAAGAUUCAGUCAGUACCUGAGAGUGGUAGGAUUUUCUGCAGGAUGUUAAAUGUAGUGCUUCACUGAGUUUGAGCGUGAAGUGAGGCCUGAGAGUGGUAGGAUUUUCUGCAGGAUGUUAAAUGCAGUUCUUCAUUGAUUUUGAGUGUUACCAAAUAUCCUAGGAAGGCAGAAAGAAUAAUAAUGCGUGUGCUGGUGGCUGCUAAAAGUAAUAUAGUUGUAAGAAGUAAGUCCCUUCAUCUGACCUCCAUAAGUGCAAAUUUACAUAAAUUUUAUUCUAAGGUAUCCCUGGACAUAAAAGUAUAACAGUUACAGGAGAACAGUUCCUCAGAUUGGCCAGACCUUUCCCCACUACAGCAUCCACCCCUUUCUCUUUGACUAUCAAGGGACCACUUUGACCUCCACAGCACUUGCCCUCCUCUUAUUGGACUGGAAGGUAGCAUCCCCCCUACCUUGACGGCACCUGAAUAUAUUCAAGUGAUUGAGCUAUCCUAAAUAUAUUUAAACUAUCACCAUGUUAAAGAGAGAGGGGGGGGAGGGGGGGAGGCAGUAGAACAUAGAGACUAAAACAAAGAGCAUUAUGCCUGCAAUGCCUUAUCUAUACAAAUAUAAGCAGAUAUUUGAAAUUUACCCUGCAAAGAAAAUAUUGGCUUUCCUGCAGAACGGCAAUGUUUUCAACUGCAGUGUUAAAACAGAGGACACAUGGCACCCAGAACAUUUAAUUAGAUUACGUUGUCUAGGCACCUAUAAUGUUUCUUUAAAGUAAGAAGGGUCCAGGGUUUCUUUUUAGGAUAAUGAUGACCAGGAAGUUGUCUGUCAACAUCAUUAUUUUUAAGGUAUCCCAAAAACUUUACAGUCUCAAAUAGGAAGGAAAAAGCAUAGCAAACAAGCAGUUUAAGCCGCCCGCCAAAAGCAAAACUCUACCCAAAGCAAUGGAGAAGGGGUACAGUGCAGCCCUUCAGUCCAGCACCACACUUCCGUCACAUGGUAGGGGGGAGACACCUACUCUCUCUUAGACACCUGGAGUCUACUAGGAAUAUAUAAUAUAUCAAAUGGUUGCUUUCAUAAUCAGCUGUCUAAUUAAAAACCUGCUGCCUCUCUACUACCUGUAAAGAGAAUUGGGAUAUCAGCCCUGAUGCAUCCCUUGAUAUAAGCGAUUGUGUACAUCAGUAAACAAAAAAACAAAGGAAGAAUGCAGCUUGUGUCGCACUAGUUGGGAGCUAACUCUAAAUUAGUUGUGUAGAAAGCCUUGUUGAGUAUUGAACGUUUCCAGCAGAUCCCAAACAAUUUUAUUAUAAACACCUGGAACUUUGCAACCCAAAUUAUUUAUCUAGAAGUUAUCUUUUACUUUUUCUUCCUUCUAUUAGUUAUUGAAAAGAAAUGAACAUUUUUAUAUAACUUAAACAAAUUGUUUCAUUCCACAGAUUGUUCACACUGAACAUCAAGCUAAGUGAAGAAUGGGUAAGUGGCACAUUCUGUAAUUAAAAUCUGCAGUUAAGACACUUAGCACUAAUAGUGAAGUACUAAUUCUAUAGCAUAUUUAUUUUUCAAUUAUUUUCUCAAUAAACAGAUUAUAAACAGAUUCCCGUGGACGACUGGACUGAAAUGCAUGUGUGCGAAUGGUUGAAAUCAAUUAGACUAAAAGAAGAAUAUAUUUCGAAACUCAGUGAGGAGGAAGUAACCGGUCCAGUCCUGAAAAAAAUCCAAGAGAAUGAUUUAAAAGAAAUGGGCAUGAAAAGAGGGCAAGUAAAAUUAUUAAUAAUUAGUAGAAAUGAACUUCUUGAACAAAUACAACAGGAAAGGUCACCAAGCAAAAAUAAAAAACACGGAAGCACCACUAACAAAACGUCUACAGAAAGAGCUCCAGAGGAAAUGGAAAAAAAAUGUAGUGCAAAUUCUCACCCAUCCACACACAAGACCAAACGGUCAUUGAAAACAAGCCCUUUCCGGCCCUUUGAUGAAGUUGGGAAUUUUAGAUAUGUGAAAAACCAGGUACUACCACCAGAAACUGGUAUAAUAGACCUCAUUUCACCAUGUCAUGAGUACAAAUCAUUAGCUAAUGCUGUAACAUUAGAUAAAAAACUACUACAGACAAAGUUUACUUCUGAGGUCGUCCGAUUUGCUGCUGCAUGCUUGAAUGUGAGAACAAAUGGAACCAUACACUUUGGUAUUAUGGACAGUGUGGAAGACAAGGGAUAUAAACAUGGACAGAUAGUAGGCCUUCCGAUCCAAGAGAAAGAGUUAUACUCCGAUGCACUAAAUAAUUUAAAAGAAUGCUUCCCAGAGCCCUAUGAGUACGCGGCAGCCAGACUAUGCAUCCGACCGCCACAAUUUGUUGAGGUUAUUGAUAAAGACUCCGACGAAAAACUAUUUGUGGUGGAAGUUGACAUUGUGCCUUUAUCAUGCAGUGUAAAAGGGAAAAAAUUUCAAGUGCGAUUGCCCAAGUACAACAACAAUAAAACUAAUUAUGGCAAGCUAACAAUUUAUGAAAGAAAUGGAACAAAGACAGAACCAGUUAAAAUAGAAGAGGAGUUAAAUGCAUUUGAACAAAGGCAAAGAGAAGCUGAUAUCAGGAGAGAAAAGGCUGAUUCGCUCGAUUCUUUUGAAAUGGAAAGUUACGAAGACUUAGGAAGAAAGCUUUCGGUGCUGCUAACUAAAGGGAAGCAAUACUUUGAUGACACUCAGUGGUAUGUCGUAGUCUCCAACAAAUGUGAAGAACAAGAUUUAGAACAUUUGAAGUUUCUAAAGGACAUUAAUAUAUUGUGUGUUUUUGAAUUUGAUCCAGAAUCUGACAGUAAAGGUCUAUGUUCAAGGUACAAGGAGUACCACGCAACAAAUAUUUACUCACUGGAAAGCUACUCUAGUGAAUGUGGAAAGACAAAAGAUGAGAUUGUAAAAAACCUAUGUUUGUUCAAACAAACAUGCUGGAUAUUUUGCAAUGGACGCACAAACUUCCUCGGAGAUGACCAGCCAUGUGAUGAACAUACAUGGAUCCGUAAUAAAGGGAGAUACUUUAAAAGGGCGGUUUCUUUGAUCUGUGAUGAAAUAAUUAAAAGGGGCUGCUUCACUGUCCUCUUUCUGUUAUUGUCUUCAGUGGAAAAGCCAAUCGUUGAGGCUUUUAAUGAAUUUUACAGAGAAAUGAGUGGCCUGGAAUACAUCACUUGCAUUGCUGAAAAUAAAGACCACUACGAGCACUGGACCACUCUGGCACAGAAUUCCUGUACCAGGGAAGAACUUGAUCAGAGGAGUAUUGUUGGUAUGAAGCUAAGCCAUGUUGCUACAACGGUUCAAAAAAUGCUACCAACAACAGAUUACCUUAGAAACCUCCCAGUCUUCACAGGAGGGUUCUGUAUUCUAACCGUACCUGAAGAAGAAAGGAUGCAUUCACUUAAUAUACUUUGUGUGAAUGAAUGUAGUAACAUAAAUCAGGAAAAAAUUGACAAAAAAGAAUUACAUGAAUUUGAAAGUUUUUUUUAUCGUGGUGGGAAGAUUAGCUGGAAACAUUUCUGGCUUGCUGAACAGAAGAAAUGUGGGCAAAUUAUAGAAAGACACGGAUGCACAGAAGUGGAAGAUAUAUUAAAUAAUAUUUUAAACAAAAACACUGUAAAGCUUCCUGUUGCUCGAAUCAAGAUUGUUCAUCAACCCGGAAGUGGAGGGAGUACAGUUGGUCGUCAUAUUCUUUGGAAAAACAAAAAACAUUUAAGAUGUGCCAUAGUAAAUGCAUCUUACCCAGUUACAACAGUAUGCGAGCACACGGUUAAAUUAAGAGAGUAUGAGGAAAAAGACAUAAAACAGUGUUUACCAGUUCUUCUCCUCUUAGAGGACUGUGAGGAAGAAUAUAUAGAUGAUUUGAAGCAUUACUUAGGGGAAGCCACGAGAAACAACACAAACAAUUCAAAGCCUAGCUUUAUACUUCUGAGUUGCAAUCGAUCAAAUGCACCGCUACGGCUUUGCACAAACUCUACACACGACACAGUUGCAAUCACACACAAACUAAACCCAGAGGAGAAACGGCUAUUUAAAGCGAAAGCAGAUGAGCUCUCUGAGUCUUUCUCGUCAGACCUCAUCAUUAGUUUUGUGUUAAUGAGUAAUGAAUUUGAAAAAAAAUACCUGAAGGAUUUUGUUGAGAAUGCAAUGCGGGAAAUUGACCACUCAUCCACAGAAACACGAUUACUCAGAUAUGUUGCCUUACUAAAUCAUUAUGUCCAUAAUUCAUAUAUUUCACUUUCACACUGUGAAGCCUUCCUUGGAAUUAAACCAUAUUUAGAGAAAGAGGAAGAUAAACUGAGUCAUUGUAAUUUUAUAAAUACUUUAAGUGACCCGGUAAAACUCAUGCUAAUUGAAUUGAGAGAAGAUACUUUUUGGACCUCCAACAUUCGUAUUUUGCACCCCUUAAUUGCGGAGGAACUAUUAGUCCAGUUAUCAAACAACUAUCCUCAGAGCAAAAUUGCAAUGGACCUUCUUAAGGAAGAAUCACUACUCCAUCACAAAUUUGGACGAGAAGAAUUUGUAACUUUUAUCAGACACUUGUUUUUAAGACGUCACAAAAAAAGCAGAGGUGACAAUGUAGACACGUUCUUUUCACCAUUUAUUGAACAUGUUUGUAAAAGGGAAAAGGCAGUAGAGAUGGCAAUUAAGCUCUUAGAAGCAGCUUACAUAAGAUUUGAUAAUGAUGCUUUUUUUGCACAACAACUAGCAAGAUUGCAUUAUAAAAAUGAGAGAUUUGAAGAUGCCAAAAAAUGGGCAGAAACUGCUAAAUCCCACUCUCCACAUGACUCAUUUAUAUUGGAUACCGAAGGCCAAGUAUAUAAAAAGUGGUUCAAUGUAAAUAAGGAGCAGUACUUAAAAGACAUUCAUUCUAUAGAUAUAAUUAGCGUGAUAGAAAGGGGGCUUAAAUCGAUGGAAUGUUUUAAGGCCGCACAAAAAGCUGCAAAAGCAGAGACUGACACCAUGAAUAAUGCAGGGUUUUUUGGUGAAAUAGAUGUAGGAUGUAGUUUGCUAUAUCUGCUUUCAAAAUUGGAUUUUUUUUCUCAAAAUGAUGGAAAAAACACAGAACUUUUAAAAUAUCUUUUAACAAAAUACACACCUGCUGAUCUAGAAACACCAUGGUCAAGGAUUCAUGGGAGAUUAAAAGGGUUAUACCAAAACAUCUAUGAUGCCCUGGAAUGGCUUUCUGAUGAAGUGGGUUACUUUCAAAUAGAUAAAAUUGACGAUGGGGAGGCAGGUCCCCGGGGGGAGGAUAAGACCAAUAAUCCCAGAAAAUGGGUAAGUGACAAAACUAGAGAAUUUGCUAAUUAUUUCAACUCCCACCUUAUAAAAGGUAUAGAAAAUAGUUUAGUUAGAGAAAAACAAUUUGUUAAAAAGAUGAGCAUUUACCAACUGGGAGGAGGCAGCACAACAGCAAUACUUUUUCUACUGUCAGAUUCACCAAAAGAUGAAAAACAAGCAAGGCUUGAAGCUAUUCUACAAUGUUAUGGACCAAAUGUUUGCCAGGAAUCACUGGAUAACAUUGAUCUAAUAAAUUACAUAAUGUGUCAUAUCGCAUUAGGGAGUGUGAGCACUGAAUCUACAAAACUUUUACCAUUUAAAAAGCUGCGUGACAUGAGUAAGAGAUUUCUGAAAGACAGGACUCAAUUUCCUCCCAGUGCCUACCUAAUCGUUUUUAUGAUUUACUGGCCAGAUGACAAAUUUGAUGAAGAGCACAAUGACAACAUUUUAACUAGUGCAGUUAAAACUGCAAAGUAUUUACAUGAACUGCGACUUAAAAAUGUUCCAGUAAGAAAAAAAAGAACAAAUGUGCUUUUUUUUCUGGGGAAAGGAUAUGGAUAUCAAAAAGUCAUACACAGAAGUACCAUUGAGAAGCUGAUUGAAAUGGCCUUUAAAUGAGCGGUCAUUCAGGUGGGAUACUGACCCCAAAAACAUCAAAAUGCAGAAUCUGCUGCAAAAAGUAUCUGGUUGGACAGAAAAUGGAAAACUUUACACAAAGAGAAAGUGUUGCAAAGAGAAAAUUGAAGUUCUGCCUUUAAAUUUUGCAUCAGUGCCCAAUGGCAACGAGAAUGUCACAUUCUAUGUGGGAUUUACAUACAUUGGCUUUGUUGCUUAUAAUGUACAAGUAAGUGGGUAAAAUCCACAGGCAUUUUUUUUAUUUAAAAGAAGGAAGAUAAAGACAUUUUUAGACACAGUUCAAUAAUCAUAAUGUUAAGCUAUGCGCUCUUUAUUCUUCUCUCUCAUAAUUUUCACCCCCAUCCCAACCUCCUUUUUUAAUGUAUGUACUCAUUAUAAAGUCUAAAUUUAAAAAAAGAACAUGGUGAAUGGUGGCUCAUCUCAUUACUGUACACACAUCUGAAACUCUGUUAAAAAAAAAACAACAACAAAAAAAACACACAUUAACUAUCCAGUCCACCCUGAUCAGACCAGUUUGAUAACUAAUAUGAAAAUCAGAUACAAAGUGUUGUCAAUGCCAGAGAAGUUGGAAUGAACCUUAAGCCAUUAUUGUUAUCUAAAAUGUUAAAUGGACACUUCAGAUCCCUCUAGUACUUUAUCUUGCCGAGUUGCUUUAUGUGUGAAGCAUGUGUCCUGUUUUCAUUUUACAAAAAGUGCAGAUUUUAAUAGAAAUUCACACUUUUAUAAAUUACUUUGUUACAUCGUCCUGGCUACCAAUCAGACAACAGGCCUUCUUACUUCCUGGUUUGGUUAGCUCAGUAAAACUAAACUAAGGAGACUGCAAUUGCCCAGAGCAUCUGCCUUGCAAAGACUUCUAAUUAAGCUGCAUUGAGAAGUCUGUGAUUGGACAGCCACAAAAAGUCUGGCGGGGUUAGAAGGGGAGGGCUUUCAAGUUCUACAGACAAAAGAUCUGCAGUUUUUGAAAGCUGUUUUUAAAUAUAAUCCAAAGCAUAUUGUAUGAAAUCCCGAGCUUAACCAAAAAUAAGUCACCAAGAGCCAUUGUUAAGCUACAGCCAUAUACCUCCAACACUAUGAAGUAGGAAAUCAUGAUGGAGGACACGUUAGUGCUGCCACAUCUAUUACUGAUAACCCUUAAAUGGGUGGUCCUGCUUGGAAGGGAAGCGUGGCUGUCUCAAAGAAGGGACAUAUCAGAAUGGCAUAAAUGCACUCCAGUUGACUGACAGCCUCUAUGAAACAGCAUACAAUUGCUUGAAGGAAGAAGAGAACAGAGCUCUUGCAGCAAGCAAAUGUCAAAAAGUAUGUAGGUGACAAGUUGAUAUAUUUUUCUACACCUUAUAGCAGACAAUUCAAUGAGCUUAAGUCUGUUAUAAAAAUAAAAUUGCCAUGGUUAGGAAGCCUAAUGAGCCUAGGCCUUAUCUUGGCGGUGGUUAUUGUUGGGUUGGGGCCUGAACACUUUGGAAAAGGUUCAUCUCUUUAGACUACCUGAUUUUUUUUAGCCUGCUGGGGAUGGGGUGCGUGGGUGGUCUUCCCUUCUUCCACCUGUUAUGGGCAUAUGCAAAUAUUACAAGUUGUUUGAAAGAACUUUCUUACCUGUGUACUUUGUCUUUAAGAGAUUCUGCAAACUGACAAUUUGUUAGAAAUUGAAAAUAUUGGUUUUCAUACAAUGUUUCAUUAUUAAAUGACAUCUCACCCAUAUUCAGUGAAUAUGAUGUUCAGACUUUAGGACGCCAUCUUGUCCUAGGUUAGUGUAAUUCCCCAAGUCGGGGAAUUUCCCAUGUCAUGAGCACCCUUACGUUUUAGUCAAAACAUAGAUGUUCCCGUAUGAAAUGACCAAGUCAUGGUCUUGUAUCUUUGCCAAGUUAAGGUUGGUCCUAACCCGACCUAACUGAAAAUCUAAGGUAUAAAUAUGUGUACGCAUUAAUAUUAGGACACAGAGGAGAGAUCUUGGAGACAGAGGCACUGCUCCAUUUUAUGAUUACUGAGCGGUUGACAAAUUCAAGAGGGUAUGUUAUUCUAUUUUACUAAUAUUGCAAGCAUUGACUUUAAUCUUAUAAACUGCUAUAAAUUAUUGUAAUGGAU